AUGCCUAAUACUAUAACAUAUAUCUUAGUUUCUUUAAGUUUCACUGCAACUUAUAUAUGUGGGUUGGCUUCGUUAGUUAUACCAAAAUGGUUAAUUUUCGAAAGUCCAAGACCGCAUAGAGCCGUAACAAAUUAUGGUCUAUUUCAAAAAUGUUCAACAUUAGAUACACAUUGCAGAGAAUUUCCUUUGAUUGAGUUUGGAGAUUGUGAGGAAGAAGGAUUUUGUGAGGAAUGGAAAGCAGCUAGGAUUAAUAUGAUUAUUGCGGCCGUGUUAGGCGGUUUAACUUUAAUUUAUUGUCUUGGUGUGUUUUUUAGUGGCAAAUUUCAUAAGGAACAAAUUGCUUGGAAAAUUUUUGUUGGUUUAAUUGGAUUUCAUGCGAUUCUUCAAUAUUCUACAAUCGCACUAAUUACGCAUCUUUAUUAUACUUCUGAUAAAUUCUAUUAUGGGGUUAAAUAUGAUAUUAGCUUUUUACUUGUUAAUAUCUCUUCCGUUAUUAACAUUUUAUUAUCAGGUAUUUUAUUCAGGGUUGGUUGGAAUUAUGUACCUUCGUACCAAACCAUAGAUUAA